UUAACAGAGUCGCAGAGGAAACAUGACGGACCUCAAGCAAAUCUGAUGAAGCUUGUUUAGUCUUUGUAUUGAAACUGUGAAGUCUCAGAUAAAUUAAAAAGGAGAGGAACAGAGGAACAGAUCUGGAUCAGAAUGGCAAUUUUUAACAACACAACCACAACCAACGUCAGCGAUCCUUAUCACUGUAAGAUAGACGAGAACUUCAAGUACAUUCUCCUCCCGGUGAGUUACACUCUGGUGUUUGUGUUCGGUCUGGCGCUGAACAUCACAGCCAUGUACGUCAUCUUGUUCCGAACCAAACACUGGAAGCCCAGCACCAUCUACAUGAUCAACCUCAAUGUCUGUGACACGCUUUACAUCCUCACCCUGCCGUUCCUCAUCUACUACUACGCCGAUAAGAACGACUGGCCGUUCGGUGAGCUGAUGUGCAAGCUGAUUCGUUUUCUCUUCUACACAAACCUCUACGGAAGCAUCCUCUUCCUCAGCUGCAUCAGCCUGCACCGGUUUUUAGGCGUCUGUCACCCGGUGCGCUCUUUGUCCUGGAUGAACGGCCGCCGCGCUCGUUUGAUUUCUGUGGGAAUAUGGAUGAUCAUUCUCAUCUUACAGGCACCGAUUCUUUAUUUCUCCAGGAUGAACAAUAAUGGUGGCGUGACACCGCAAUCAGCGGUUUGCUAUGACACCACAAGCAAGGAACUCUUCAAUGACUUCACUGUUUACAGCUCGGUGGUGAUGCUUUUGCUUUUUGUCCUGCCUUUUGGGGUGGUGCUGGUCUGCAACGGCCUGAUGGUGAAGAAACUUCAGGAACCCAGUGUUGUUGGUGGAGGUCCAAUGUCACAACGCUUUAAGCAGAAGUCGGUGAAGAUGAUCAUUAUCGUGCUUCUGACUUUCAUGUUGUGCUUUCUGCCCUUCCACGUGAACCGUAGUAUAUACUACACCUUCCGUUACCUGGACAAACAUGUGAGCUGCUCGAUGCUGGAGACUGCCAGCAUGGCCUACAAGGUUACACGACCUCUGGCCAGCGCUAACAGCUGCAUAGACCCCAUCCUCUACUUCAUGGCAGGACAGAGCUUCAGAAGAAGCAUGAGGAACAAGAAAAAUAAAACGAAAUCUGAAAAUAGGAAAUCACCGUCAGCCUCUUUAUAAUGUGCUUGAGUGGAAACAAAAAUCUCUUACAAAGUUACAAGCAAAGGAGGGCCUCACUCAGGGAAACGAUCCGUGAUGAAUGUGAUCAAUGUUGAUGAAAUUAACAGUCCAUUUGGAGAGUCUAAGCUCAAAAACUCUCAAAAGAGCUCCUAAUAAGGAGCCGUUUGGUGUUGUAUUAAUAGUAGGACCUUGUGACCCUUCCAAAGGAUGUUUUAUAGAAUGUGAAGGACAAUAUCGAUAUAUAUAUCUGCUCUGUGACCAGAGAACGUGCUACGUUCUAUUCAUGCUGUAUAAUGGUGGUGAAGGUACUAAACUCUCGUUUCUUGCUUCUGUUUAGGAACCUUGCAAAGUGACACUGUUCCUUAAGAUUCGUGGGAAUAUAGGCUAAUUAAGUGUUUUUGAAAAGGUGUGUCAGGACGGUUAGGAUCAACACAACGGCAUUUCGUUAACUAGAACUUGGUUUAGUUCCAGGAUGUUGUUCCAGGGCAUGAAAUCAGAUUGAGAUGUCUUUACAUGCCUUUGAUGAGAUCAGGGACUGAAAAAUGGAACUUAAAAAUGUUGGCUUGGCAACUAAAUGUUACGUUUGAAAUACUAACAAUUCUAAAACUAGAACUGAAAUAAAAAAAGCUUCAGUCUUUCUUAACAUUCAAUAGCAGUAUUGUAUGUUAAACUAGCACUUUUUAAAGGCGGAAAUCAUAUUAGAUAGUUGUAAAAGGGUGAAGAUUAAAUAAAUAUGCUGCUUUAGUUUAAGCAGAUUUUUGCUAAUCAAAACUAAAGUUGAAACUAAAACUACAAAAAUCAUUAACUGAAAUAAAGCUGGAAAAAUAUGAGAUGCAAAACUUUAAAUUUAAAUGGAUUAUUAAAAAUGUUGCCUUGGCAACUAAAUGUUACAUUUGAAAUACUAACAUUUCUAAAACUAGACCUGAAAUAAAAACGUAAAAAAAAAGCUAAAUAGAGAUAUUUAAACACAUUAUAAAAUGACUUAAACUAAAAGAAAAACUGACAAUUUUAAAUAAAAGAUAAUUCAAAAUAUUAAUUAAUACUAUAUAAAUAACACUUCAGCGAAAACUAAUAUAUGUCAGUAGAAUAAUCUACAAUUUUACUGAUGGUAAAAGAGAGGUUGAACAUAAUUCAUUUAAGAUGGCUAAAGUGUUUAAACUAUUUAUGGGGUAUGUGAUUUUACAUUCAUUUCAGUGAUAUCCAUGUAUUUGUUACAAUCAAAAUGUAUACUUUGUCAAAAAUGUCAUAAACGAAUUGGGAUUUAGGAUGCAAUGAGAUUUAGGCUGCACAUAAAGUCAAUCAUGCUUUGUAGAAUUCAUGUUGUACAUGCGGUUUUUAGUUUUCGAGAAAAUUAACAUAUGAGUGGGCUUACUUGUAGUUGUCUCUGUUUAUUAAGCUGUGAUAGGAAAGUAUUUUUAAGUUCUAUAGGCCACUUCAGCUUUAAAGACGAUUUCCAAAUCUGGUUAUAGAAUGCGGCCACUCCUGUAAAUAACCUAACUGUGUGUGAACGUAACCGUAUUAAGCACUCAAAUAAUAAGACGUGUUUUAGAGAAUGUGUCUUGAAAUUUUUCUUGUUUUAAACAUAAAUGGAACAAAUUAUGUUUGUGCUUAAAAUGAAUAAAUGAAUAAAUGUAAAAUAUCAUAUUAUAUAAGUAACUAUUUUAUGUAAACAGUCAAACCCAAAAUUAUUCAGACACCAGAUAUCAUUUUUUAUUUUUUUUUUUUACUAGUGGGUGCAGGACACUACCAUUCAUUUAUGUAAGUGGGGAUAGCAAAAUAAAGUAAACUGUGGUUUACCAGUAAAAUUGAUAAAAAAUUUGGGACCAAAAAUUAUUCAGACACUUUGACCUGUUUUUUUUCUUUGCUAAUGCGACCCUUUUACACCACAGACUAAACAAUAUUAUACAUUGCUUGGUAAUUGGUCAACAAAGUAUUGAUAGUUGUGUAAAUAUUGUGAUACUAACAGCUGUCUGAAUUUUUUGGUUGACUGUAAUCCAUUACAUACCUUUCUAUCAAAGUUAUCUGACAUUCUCAAGAAUUUGUUCUGACACAGUUUAUCUCUGUGUUCAUGUCUUAUUUUAUUAGCAUUUUCUAAACUAUAGCAAAUACACUGUCAUAAUGUAAAAAAUGCUGAAGGUGUCUGAAUAAAUCUUGGUUUGACUGUAUAUGAACCACUGAACCCACGAUGACAUUGCUACAUCACACAAUACAAUUUUAAUUUAAAUCACAUGUACCAAAAUGUGAAGUGUCUUCUAUGGUGAGGUCAAUUACUGUCUUUCUGAACAUUCAAUAGCAGUAUUGUUUGUUAAACUAGCACUUUUUAAAGGCGGAAAUCAUAUUAGAUAGUUGUAAAAGGGUGAAGAUUAAAUAAAUUUGCUGCUUUAGAUUAAGCAGAUGUUAACAUUUUUGUUGUGUUCCUGGUUUGCACUAACUUGUCAAAAAAGGGCAAUUUAUUAUGAAAUUUUAGGUGUUUCUUGAAUUAUUUUUCUGUCUUUAACCAAAAUGUUUCAAACAAAACAUGUUUUCUUGGAAACAGACUUAUGUUUUAAGGUGCAAUCACUUGUAAUCACAAUGUCAUUUUCUAUCCUCCACUCUCAGAAAUAAA